AUGGCUCUUUCGGCCAAUGCGAAAGAUGCCCCUAACCUGGAAGCGAGCCAGAAGGACGUCUCACCAAAGGCCCCCGCAGCCGUAGCCGCAGCCGCAGGGCGCCAGGCGAGCAAGCAGCAAGUGCGGCAUCGCGCAUCUGUCGCUUGUGCAUCGUGUCGCGAUCGAAGAAUUCGAUGCGUCGUCCCCAAGAAUCAAAAUGAAUGUACCGCUUGUGCCAAGUCUGGUGCCGAAUGCAUCAUCAAGAAUGACGAUGAGCGCAGAAGACCUAUUUCUAAAGCGUACAUGUCAUCAUUGUCAGAUCGAAUCUCUCUGCUCGAAGGCAUGCUCUUAGAAAAGGGUGUCGUGCCACCGCCCGCGACCUAUCCCCCAAAGACGAGGCAUGAUUUUCAAGAGGGCAUGGCGACUGCAUCAGGCAACUCGGAUCCAUCGCCACAGGCUGAUCCAAAGUCUCCCGGAAGCGAUUGUCGUUCGCCACCCGACUCACACGCUGACGAUACGGUGGGAAAUGAAAAUGAUCCUGCAGCUGGGAGUCAUUCUGAAAAUCCCCGUCCAUCAAAUGAAGGUUCACCUUUUCGCAUGUUUGAUUCCAAGCAUGAAGAUGUUAUUCAUCGUCUGCUCUCUACCAAGGGUAAUCUAUCGUUCGAUCAAAUCUCUGGGCGGCUACGGUUCUUCGGUCCCACUGCCAACAGCCAUGUUUAUGCUGAAUCGACAAGUUUAUCUGAUAGUCAUGAGCCCUCGGAGCAGAUCCGUAGGGCCGUGAAAACCAUUCAAUCGUUGAGUCAAGAAACACAUGAUUACCUUAUCGACGGUUUCUUCCAUUACUACAAUUCCGUCAUACAGAUCAUUGAUCGAACCGCUUUCGAAGCCGACCGCAGCUCCAAAUCCUCCAAAUUUUACUCCCAUUUCCUUCAUAUAACAGUCCUGGCUAUGGGGUACCGUGCAGCAGAUAUGGAUAGAGAUGACAUGCGCAAAAUCACGUUAAAUCCGCGAGAAAGCACACUCCACCGAGAGGCCAAGCACAUGCUUGAUAUUGAGCUUGAACGGCCAGGUGGCAUCCCAAGUGUUCAAGCUUUGCUUCUUCUUGGUGACCUCGAAUGCGGUGUCGGCAGAGAUAACACCGGUUGGAUGUACUCUGGAAUGGCGAAUCGCCUCGCCUUUGAUAUUGGGCUGCAUCUCGACUGUACUAGUAACAUGUCUGAACAGGAUACCAAAAUUCGCAACAUGGUAAUGCAAGCAUGCGUUAUCUACGACAGAUAUUGGGGCCUAUUCCUAGGACGUCCACUGGCUAUCAAGAGCCAAGAUGUCGAUCUCUUAUCAAACCGAUUUUCACAACUAGCAGCUUUUGGUCUUGACAAUACCAAAACAGAUAUAACAACAGAGAUUUAUGAACAACUCAUUGAGUUGAUGGAAUUGGCAGGCCGCAUUGUUGAGAUACGGGACUUGACAAGUUCCAAUAGGGCUGCAGAACAUGCUGGUACUUUUGCCACAAACGAAGCCGAGGAAAAUAAAUACCUGCAGGUGAUAAAUCUCGACAGGCAACUUCAAAAUUGGUACAGGCGUUUACCAGAUCGUAUGGCAUGGAAACCAAGCAAUGUCAAGACAGCUCCCUACAGCUUCUUCUUAUUACAUCAGCAAUACCACGUCACCAUGAUUUUGCUGCACCGGCCAUGGGCCAAGUAUGGUGCUAUUACUGGAGACAAUUCUAGCACUGGCUCUUACCCCAGUCCUGAAAAUGACAUGAUGGCAGAUUCUGAGAGCCCGGGGCAGCCAUUUGGGCACAACCCAGAAACUCCCUCAACUACAUCAGAUGAUCGUCAGCGUGCUGUCCAUGGCAGUCGUACAUCUUUGGCCCGCAGUAUCUGCACCCAGCAGGCAAUACGUGUUGCCCGAAUUUUCUGGCAACAUCGUCAAAGGUUUGACGGACGCAAGAUAUUUAUAACGGGUAUCCAACAUGCCGGUACAGCUUCGAUUGCAUUAAUCGCUGCACUCGCCUAUCAACGCAACGAACCCAGCCGUCAAACCUAUACCGGCUAUCUCGAGAUUCUCUCGGAUGCUGUUGGGGACAUGAGUUCUACAUACCAUCCGGCCAUGAGGAUGGAUGAUUUACUUAAAGCCGUCCUGGAGCAGAUCAGGAGCAGUAUGAGCGAUGCACCACGAUCACGCAGUGGUAGUGCAGGCUAUACCGUCAGUGCGGGUGUCGGAAAUGCGAAAGGUGGGUUGCCUUUUGACAGCAAUUCACCUGUUCCCGUCGUUCCAGUCAGGCGAGAAGCGGAUGCCGAGUUUAGCCAGCCCGUGAAAAAGAGACGGCCCUCUAUUCACCGACAGACGUCGGACUUUUCUUCAUCAAAGCCACCAUUCGUGGGGAUGACGGCGCAGACUGCGCCGUCUCUUACUGACAAAGCCUAUACUUUGCCGUAUGGUCAACACAGUCAGCCGCCACUUGGCUCGAUCAUGUUUCCAAUGAACGUGCAUAACCAGGCAGAUCAGCUCGGCCUUAAUUUGGUUGGAAAUACCGUCAAUGUGCAUCAUUCCGACAUACCUUCGACACAUAUGAUUGGAACAAUGAACCCCACGAAUAUCCCCAAUCCGUUGCCAGAUAAUUGGGGUCUGCACCAGAUACAGCCUUCCUUUGCACAGGGCCACUUUCAUGGUGCUGUUGACUGGACAUCUGGAACUGCUGGCCUUAGUGCAAGUUCGGUUCUGAACCAGAGCGCUGCUAUGUCUACUGGUAUAAUGUCAGGGAUGGCUGCCUUUGGCUCAACUAAGGAUCCAGACAAGUUCGCCAACAAUGAAAGAGCUAUGAACGAGCAAGUGCCAAAUAAGCUCUCUCAGAUCGGAACAAUUUGGACCAGUGGAACUAUUGAAUCAGCAGGCUCGGGGCAUGUUGAAGGGUAUGGAGGAAUGGGGAAGCCCAUGCAUGCAGAUGACGAAAGUAACGACGAGCAGAGAAAUUACUCUCUCGACUUCUUUCAUUUUACUUAG